AUGGCGGCACAUGGAGUGAAGUUAGACACUCUGAAGGACUGUCUCCAGUUUUUGGAGUGGUUGCAUAGUGACAAGGAUAUGCAAUACGGGGUGACUCGUCGACUGGAAAGGCUGCUCGAAAAAAGGUAUGAAAAAGUUAAAGAGCAGCCAAUCGCAAAAGCAUUGUCUCAGUUCCUCGCCCACACGUCAAAUUUUUAUAAGAAACUAUGCCACAAGGCAGGGCAAGGCGAAUAUAAACCUGGUAAACCUAGAGAUGCUCUCUAUGCCCUCUUGCUAUGUAUACCAAGAUUGCUCGCCGUGAUGUAUUUUUUGAGGUACCAAGUGGACGAUAAGUUCGAUAAAGUUGGCGGAGGUAAGUGGGCGGGGAAUGCUCCUGGGUGGGGUGUACUUGGAAGAUCGUUUGAAAUUAUAGGAGGUGAACUGGAUAAGUACCUCCAUGCUCAGUCCACAGAAAAUAAAUACGGUGUGAUACCAGGCGGUUUCACUAAAGGCGACAUUCAACGUAAUAAAAGCUAUGCCCAGGGUUCUCUUAUGGCAGGGGACCUCGAAAAAAUCUGUGAAAAACAGAAUGGCCAAUUGUUUCGUGACGUCUUCGUCAUUUCGGUGUUGUCUAAAACUUCUGGAGCCGACACUGCGAACGUCGCAAACGCUCUUCGUUUGGUGGAAGACUUUUAUGGGAUAUUCAGAGGAGUAACGGGUGAAAAAGACUUUACAAGUGAUUUACAAUCUAGGGACAAUUGCAUUUCUUGGCGAGCUUUAAAAGACCAUUGCAUCAAAUCUAAAGACCCGCUUGAAAAAAUUUUUAAGAAGCAUCAAUUCUCCUUCACUGGCUAUGCGCAAAGAUAUGAAUACCUCAACAAGGAAAAAAUAGCUAGUAAGAUGGCUAAGUGGCUUCAAAAAAAUUUGGGAGACGUGAGAAGUAAAUUAAAAGGAAUUACUCCACAGGUGGAUGCCAAAACGUUUGCCACUACGUCUCUAUUUCCUUAUGGAUUUACAUUUUAUGACAGCGACUUCAAAAAGAAGAAGAAUCCUUAUCAGGCUUUUAAAAAGGACUGGGAUACGGUAAUCGGCGACCUUCAGAAGGAUAACGGCGAUUUGGCAAAACUUAAGGACAUUUUAGAUGGGAACCGCUGCGCAAAUGGACAAAAGAAAAAGGAGCCCAAGCCUAAACCUAAGGCUAAGCCUACGCCCGACGCUGGGUCCGAGCCUGCACCUGAGCCUGAGCCUGAGCCUGGGCCUAAACAUGAGGAUGAGCCUGAGGAUGACGAUUACCUUGAGUCUGACGUUGAUUCUGAUGAAGAUUUGAUGAACGCAUUAUCUGACGAAGAGUCUGAAGCCACUAAAACCGAGGCCGCUAAGCCAGUGGUCACUAAAACUGAGGCGACCAAAACUGACGAUGCAGAGCCUACUGCAAACCAGGGCAAGAAAGCGGAGGGAGCACAGAACCAGGACAAGAACGCGGAGCACUCAUCUACCGCCCUUCAACAAGAUGCGCAUACUCAAUCACCUGGUGCCCCUGGUUCCAGUAGUGGUCAGGGCACGGGUGAUCAGAGAUCUGCUUCUGACGCUGAUCAAGGAAGUGGUCUAAAGUCACAAUCAGGUGCAGGUGCCAGUAGUUCUCUACCCGCUGCUCCUGGUACUUCUCCAGGUGGUGGUGGCGGUGGAGGGGGUGGGGAGUCAGGAGAAAAGGGGGAUGGUAAGGCUAAACAAGGAGCAGUAGAUUGUCCGCCGAAAUUCACCCCAGUUGAACUAUGGCAGGGUAGCGGUAAGUACUGUAUUCGUGAUGUCGAUUACAAGGAACAAGGAAAACGUCAUAAGCAGUGGGACGAAGAUUUAGAAAAAACACAAAGAAAUGUCCAAGAACGAAUACGUAAGGCUGAAGAUAAACUGCGAAGGCAAAAGGAAGCCGAAGAACGUAUAAAGGAAGAUGAGAAACAAAGAAUGGAGGAAGAGGAACGUGAAAAGGAAAAACACCGCCAACUUCAACGUGAGGCUAUGCUUCCAGAGAUUGAUGUCUAUAAACAGCAAGAUGGGCGUUUAUUUGAUAUUGGAGAAAAUGACAAAUCAAAUUUCCAUCAAUUCUUUAGAAACGAUUUGAACGUCAGAGGGGAAGUCAUACGGGAAUCCCCCGAUGUAACACUAGAAAUUAUGCAUCCCACGGUGCCUGCCGAAACCGAAGAGGAAGAACUGCCGAAUUAUCCAAUGCCUCAGAGUUCACAACCGCUUUCACCGCCAACAGUUGAUGGAUCAGCUGUAACUUCAAAUUCAGAUAACUUUAUUCGUCCUGAUUCACCAGCUAAAGCUUUCUCUGCCAUAUCCAUUACACCCACCGGUUUUGAUGGUCAACCUGUAGUUAAACAAAUACCUAAAAGGAACCACUCUGGAGCAAACAAACGGUUGAGGCAGUAUCUAACCAAAUAUGCAGACGUCGAAACUUCCGUUAUAGAGCCGAUAAAAUUGACUCAUAAGCCUAAGCACAUCAUGGUUGAAGGUCACACAACACCGAACUCCAAAGGCGUACAGAGGUCUAUGCCGCCUGAGUUUUUUGCUUCCAUUGGCAUUCCUCAGGGACAACCAUUAAAACCAUCAGAUACAAGAGUGUAUAUGCCACCCAAAACAGACAUGAUGGGCCAGGCUACGGCAGACUCCAAGGGCAUACAGAAUUUUGCUGUUCCACAAGGCUCCGCUGCAAUUGGAAUUCCGAUGGGAUACACGAUAAAAGAUCCCAAGACUCCAACUAGAUCAACAAUUCAUCUACUUCCGGCGCCAAAACUAUCAACGAAACCCAUCCGAAUGAAACCAACAGGUAUUGCUAUGCCUGCACAUAAGCAUCCUCCCAUCCUUCGACACGCCCCAAUUACAACUGAAACAUCUGACGAUCCCUCAAUGGCCAGAUUUUUGAAUGUCUCCGGCACCAGUCUGACAAAAUCAUCAAAAGCCAAUGCCAAGGCUCCCGUGUUACAGGAGAUAGAUCCCCCAGUUCCACAAUCAAUGUUAAGCGGAUCACACGUGCCAGAUGCCGAAUUGCCAUCCUCGCCGCUUCCUAGAGACACGUUCCUCACUGAGCCACAACCAACCAUGGGAUUCCAGAUAGAAUUCCCGAAACGCACUGUACGCAAUGUCGAGCCCGAAAUCGGUCUUUCCAUAGAGGUAGCUCACCAUGGCGAUCGCACUAUUAACGACAUAGACCUAUAUGACCCUUAUGCCAAUACGGCCGACAUCAUUAAAGACGAGUUAAGACCUGCAGAGGAUAAAGGCUUCUCAGGCCUUCCCCAGACUAAUUUCGAUCUGAACUUUGCGCCGGAACGUAUCGGACUUGAGGGGUACGAUGAUCCCGGGAUGCCACGUGACUCUCCAAGGAAGGCAGAUGAACGUGUUAUUACUCCAUUCGGCAGAGAUGAAUGUCUUAACCCCUGGUCCGUUGACCCUUCAUCCACUGACACAGCCCCUGUGACUCACUCCCCUUCCCCAGCCACCGACCAUCUCCCCCCGCCCCAAACCGUUCGGGAAAUGCUCUGCUGGUUUGUGGGAUUGAGUCAAUAUGGACUUAUUGGAGUGGUUACGGAACAUGUUUACAGCCUUCUGAGGGAACUUAACAAAGAUACUUCCCAUCCUACUGAUGCCAUCGAGGUCACCGGGGAUCCCGGCCAGCUGACCGCUUCCAUGGUCAUCGCCAAACUGACCGAGGCGUGCCUCUACUCAGCCACCGUUAUCUACAAGGUCAGGCAUAACAAUGACUUCAAAGCCUUUUCUACCUUCGACUUCAAAAAAGAAUAUAGUCAGCUUCAUUAUGCUGCUGACCCCGCCUGUCUCCUCUGCCAGCUGCGUGACUACGUGUACGCCUGCCACCACCAGUUGGAGUUUCUGAAGGCGCAGUGUAGUCGGGCUAAACUGAGUGGUGGUUGGCGGGAUUGCCACUACGGCAGUGACAUCACUGCUUCCGAGUACCCCCUCCAGGCGUUCCUGACUGACGGCUGGGACUCGGACUUCGAGACGCACCUCUUCGACCCGUGCAAUCUGUGCCUAAAGAGCCGCGUCAGGAUGGGAUUCAGGAUGGAGGAUUUGCCUGAGAAGUCACAACUGGGAAGUGUCAUUUCCUCUAUCCUCACUCCCAGCUGCGGCGGUGAGGACCCAUUGCUGAGAUUGUCCUCCUACCUCAACUGCCUCACCAAGAUACAGGGCCACUGCCUCUAA